AUGAAAUUUAUAUAUUUAAUUUAUAUAUUAUUUGUUGUUUUUGGAAUUUGUAAAUCAUCACAACUAUAUGUUGACUCUGGUAUUAAAGCUAAUACAAUGCCUUGUGGUGAUACACCUCAAAAUGCAUGUUUAGAUAUCGUUACUGCCCUCUCUGUAUAUACAAAUGCCAAUUCAACUGAUGCUCUGACUUUACUUUUGGCUAGUGGUACUUAUAGCGGUGUCAAUAAUACAGAUAUAUCUUUGGUGAAUAUAACAUUGACAAUCACAAGUGCCAACACCAAUAGUAUCGCUACUAUCGAUAUGAAAGGAGAGGCUGGAUUCAUUAUUAUUGGCGAUACAGUAAAUGCAACCAAUGUCAAUUUGACCGUCAGUUAUCUGUCCCUUGCCAACGGUCUGGGAGGUGUUGUUAACAUCAAUGUAACCAAUGUAAAUGUUAAUGUAGUCCUGGAUAACGUUGCUGCCACCAAUAAUCACAACUAUAACGGUGGUGUUUUCAAUGUGUUAACUGGUGGAGACGCUCGUUUCUCUGUUAGUGUUGCUAUUUCCAAUUCCGUGCUAAACAAUAACACUGCUACCAAUUCCGGUGCCGUCUACUACACCCAAUCCUAUGGUUCUCUGACAGUCACCAACAGUGUUAUGAAUAAUAAUAUCGCUCUUUCUACUGGUAUCCUCUACUUGAUUUUCUCUGACAUUUCCAUCAACAAUCUAACAAUGUCUGGAAACAAGGCCAACUCAACUCUGUUUGCUCUUGCCAACGCAUUGGAUACAGCCAAUAUCAAUUCACUGACCUAUACCAAUAACAAACUUUCUUCAAAUGGAGGUUCCCAUAUCAAAGUACUCGAUACUGAUAUCGUUAUUACCAACUCGGUGUUUAGUGAUAACAACGGUGGUUCCGUCAUUCAGCUAAAGCUUUCAGACAUUAACGAUGAUACCUUGACUAUCAACAAUUGUAGUUUCACUCAAAAUUCCAGUCCAACUAUUGGUGUACUCUACUUGGAUAACAAUGCCAAUUUAAAUAUGACCAACUCUGUCUUUACAAAUAACUUUGCCAAUGGAUCUGGUGGUUCGAUCUAUGAAAAACUUGCAAACUUUGCUCGUGUUACCAACACAAUAUUCAAUAACAGUAACAUUGGUAUUGGUGAAUUCGGUAGUACAGUUUAUAGCUAUUACACUGACGAUAUAUACACCAACGUUACUUUCAUAACCAAAUCAACAGUUAGCACACCAUUCUAUUGCCAUCGUUCGAGAAUGACUUUUAAUAAUAUCACUACCAACUCGAAAUCCUUGCUGUCGUGUGCCAAUGAAGAGCUUUGUAUCAUCAGUGGUAACGAGGAUAUUAAAUGUUCAGGUAAAGAUUCACCCUCAUCAGAGGCUAGCAGUGAGAAUGAACCAAAAAAGAAAGAUGGAUUAACCAAUGGUCAAAUAGCUGGAAUCGUCAUUGGUGUUAUUUUAGGUGUUGCUUUUGUUAUACUGAUUAUUUACAUUCUUUACAAGAGACAUCACAAUCGUCACAAGUAUACAAGUUAUCAUUAA